UACGCAUGGUUUUAUAAAUCUGAUUUUUUUUGUAGGGAUCCUACGCACAGUUUUAUAAAUGAGACCCCAGAGCUGUUUAAAUCACUGGGAACAGAUGGAUUUCAUAUGUUUUCGUGAUGUAGGCAUACAUGCUAACUUUUAUUUUGGUGCAAAUUAAUCACUGAACACUAAACUGACAAUAAUGUAAGCCAAUGGACACAGACGGCUGUCAUUCACUGCAUUCAAUUUAUAAAAAAGCCAGUUAAUAUAAAGAUUAUUAAUACAAAGUAUGUUUCAAAAAUUAAGUUUUAAUCAAGCGCAGCGUUAGUUCAUUCAGGCCACGGAGGCAUAGUACUGCGACCAGCUGAUGCGGUCAGGUGUCAAAUCGCUCCAAUCACUACCAUUCUCCUAUUAGACACGGGACAUAUAUACAUGGCAUUACUGCUCGGUAAGUAUGCUCAAACUGCUCGCAACACUCCCUCACUCCCCAUUAUAAGCAUGAGCAUAUUACUGUGCACCUUCUGGUUGUCGUCUUCUUUUGUUUCAGAUCACUAAGGCUUUCAAGUCCCGGCUGGCAUGGACCUCACUGCUGAGAAACACUCAUCCUCAUAACUAAGCUACAGUAUAGACAUCCCACUGCCACACUGCCACAUCUACACGAUUACCAUUGUUCACUUUUAAAGACAUUACUAAGUGUCUUAAUUGUCUAUGUAUUUCCAAGAUGAUGGUUCCGGGGGGUUAAUGUUAAAGCUCUUGUAUGUUCAAUUAAUUUUGGAGCCAGAAAUGGAAACAAAAUCAUUCAGGCACUCAGGCUCAGCUAUCAAGUCAUCAUAGGUGUGUGGCACAGAAAACACAGCAGAUGAAGUUCUUGAGAUGCUGCUGCCUGUGGUUACAUCAACUACAUCAGUUGUGUUGGAGAAUUGUGGUGUCACAGAUAAAGGUUGUGCUGCUCUUGCUUCAGCUCUGAGAUCAAACCCCUCACACCUGAGAGAACUGGAUCUGUCUGGGAAUAAUCUAGGAAACUCAGGAGUGAAGCUGCUCUCUGCUGUACUGAAGAAUCCUCACUGUAAACUGCAGGAACUGUGGUUGAGUAAGUGUGGUGUCACAGAUGAAGGUUGUGCUGCUCUGACUUCAGCUCUAAUUUCAAACCCCUCACACCUGAGAAGACUGAAUCUGUCUGGGAAUAAUCUAGGGGACUCAGGAGUGAAGCUAGUCUCUGCUGUACUGGAGAAUCCUCAUUGUAAACUGGAGGAACUGUGGUUGAGGAAGUGUGGUGUUACAGAUGAAGGUUGUGCUGCUCUGGCUUCAGCUCUGAGAUCAAACCCCUCACACCUGAGAGAACUGCAUCUGUCAUUUAAUAAUCUAGGAGACUCAGGAGUGAAGCUGCUCUCUGAUCUGAAGGAUGAUCCACAUUAUAAACUGGAGACACUAAUGUAUUAGAUGACAGUCUGAUCUUCUGAUGAUCAUCUGAUGGUAAAUAAGUAUCCACUACAGAGACUCACAUUAAACAGAAUCAACAGAGACUGAAAAUACAGUGACUUCAAUGUUAUAAAUUAAGACUUCAUUUAGAUUUCAAUGAUCCUCUGACAGACAUGAUGAGGCGGCAGUGAAACACCUUUUAUUUCAGAGUAGCAUUCAGAGUAGCAUUUUAUUUCAGUUUCUCAUUCAUAGAUAAACUGUGUAAACUCAAGGUUGGAGUUUUGUUUGAAUAUGUUUGUGUUUGUGUUGUACCAGCAGAGGGAGACAAAGACUAAUGAGAUUCAUUUUUCAAAAUUGUGAAAAAAAAGGAAAAAGUUCAAGCUCAUGUUUGGAAAACAAAUAAUGGAAGUUUGUGUGUAUACAUCAUGUUUUUAAUAAUAGUUGUAUUACAUUUGUAUUAAUGUAUUAAAGGUGUCAUAUAAUGCGUUUUCAUGUUUUCCCUUUCUUUAGUCUGUUAUGUAGCCGUUUGUGUAUAUAAAUGACCGCUUAAAUAGGUGUGGGUCCCUUUAAAUUUAUUUUGUGUUAACAUUGCAUAACCACGUUAAAAGGAAGUGGCGUAUAGUGAUCAGUAGUCACGCUGCAUCGGAGGGAAGAUCAACUUGUGUGUCUCCACAUGGCAUUGGGAUGAAAAUGAAGUUUAAUCCUGUUUUGUACCCUUUUGGCAAGCAGAGCGAGGUACGCAGUUUUAAUGUUUGUUUCUUUAUUUUAAGUGACAUGUUUGUUUGUUAUAUGGUGUCGUUGGUUAUUAAGUUUUGUUUGUUAAAGGUUUCAUGGUUUAUUUCAUUCAUGUUUUGUAAAUGUUUAUUUGCCUUUGUGUACAUUCAUUGUGUUGAUUUACUUUUGUUUUUGUUUAAUUUCACGGUGCUCAAAGGUGCUCGAAUGUGCUCGAACGACUAAAUUAAAGAGACAAAACUCAUGAUGAGCUGAAUAAAGAAAAUCUGUCAGAAACUCUCAGAGUCAUGUUUGGGAAGCCAAGGGGGCAGCUACAGUGCAUGUACAAGAUCUGCAAAGUUACAAAGCUCA